AGGAAGAAUGGAUAGAGGUGGAAGACGAACAAGAAGACCAAGCAGAGGAAGAGAAAGAAAAUGCAGAGGAAACCAUAGCUGAAGACAUGUAUAGACAUCCUGAACAAGAAGAGCAAGCUAAAGAACCAGAAGAAGGAGAAUCAAAACCCAGGCCAAAGCUCUUCAUGCCAAAUCUGGUGCCACCAAAGAUCCCUGAUGGGGAGAGAGUAGAUUUUGAUGACAUUCAUCGAAAGAGAAUGGAGAAAGAUCUGAAUGAGCUGCAAACCCUGAUUGAGGCUCAUUUUGAGAACAGGAAGAAGGAGGAGGAAGAGCUGAUAUUCCUCAAGGACAGAAUUGAGCAGCGGCGAGCAGAACGAGCUGAGCAACAACGGAUCCGUAGUGAGCGAGAGAAGGAACGCCAGGCCCGCUUGGCUGAAGAGAAAGCUCGGAAAGAGGAGGAGGAAGCUAGGAAGAGGGCUGAAGAGGAUGCCAGGAAAAAGAAGGCAUUCUCCAACAUGCUUCAUUUUGGAGGCUACCUACAGAAGACAGAGAAGAAAAGUGGGAAAAAACAAACGGAGCGGGAAAAGAAGAAAAAGAUCCUCACCGAGCGUCGGAAACCUCUGAAUAUUGAUCACUUGAAUGAAGACAAAUUGAGGGAAAAAGCCAAGGAACUGUGGCAGAGUAUCCAUGACCUGGAAGCUGAGAAAUUUGACUUACAGGAAAAGUUCAAGAAGCAGAAAUAUGAGAUUAAUGUUCUACGGAACCGCAUUAGUGAUCAUCAAAAGGUUUCAAAGGCUGCCCGUGGAAAGCCUGUGGUUGGUGGACGAUGGAAGUGAGAAGUCUUUCAUGCCUAGCCUGUGGAGAAGGCAGAAGAGCAUCUCCGUGCUUGGGCCAGCUCUUGAUUCAACAACCUGGUCCACGUGGUCCAAAGGAAAACACUGACUGUUCUAGAUUAUUCAGAUCAAGCCACCUUUCAAAGGCCUCACUUCAUAGAAUGACUGUGUGCAGCACUGUCACACAUGGAGCAAACACACUGCUGUGUGGAGUUUACUGUGUCACCAAAGUUAAGAAUACUGUGUCUGUAAAUAAAGCAAAUCAUGCAGCAA